AACCGGAUGUGGCGUAAAGUGGGGAUCGCUGAAAGUUUUGAACCAUUUUGAGCGGCUAAAUCCGUGCUCAAAGACACCAUGAGCAGACACCAACACUCGUGGGAGCGGCUGGAUGCAGAGUUUGACCAUUUCCUGUUGGACAUGAAGCCGUAUGUCCUCAAACACCCCAGCAAGACAGAGCGCCAGCGAUGUGCAGUGUGGGUAAAGAAGCUGUGUGACCCGGCCUCGUGUGGCUCGGGUGUGACGGGUCGUAAGAACCGCAACGCGCACGCCCGGCUGCUCCUUCACAUGCUCAAGAGAGGCGUCCUAGAGAGGCCCUUCACCAGCAAACCCGAGCCCGGCGGCCUCAAGGCGCUGCCCACUUACGUGUCGAUCUACUUUGAGGAACCACUAAGAGGCGGAUCAGAGGAGCACUGCAACGCAGGUCUGCCCGACUGGGUGACGGGGGAGCUGGGGGGCUACACUGAUGACAGUUUGACCGCCAGCCUGCUUAAGGACCGAGUCAGUUCCACCCCCAUCGCAGCUCACCACAGGAGACAACUGUACGAGGACAGGACUCCACCGGGGCCGGUGUCCUCCGGUCCACACCAGCGGUCACAGAGACACGACGCCAGGAGGGUGGAUGCAGAGCUGAAGGCAGAUGCGUCUCCCGAUGACAGUGACCUGGAGGCUCGUCUCAACAGCUGGAACUUGGGGAUUGAAAGCCCCAGGUAUUUGCGAGGGAACCCCAUCCCCUUCUCUCCGAUUUCCAAGCCGGGUCUUGGGGGGAACGGCGCCCUGGCGGCCGACCGGGGCCCCCAGCCCGCACACGGCGAGGAGGCGUACAGCACUACUGAGAUGGCCAUUAAACUUCUGGAGUCCAAGCACCAGGAGGAGAAGUUGAAGCUGCAACAAAGACACGAUGCAGAUGUUGAGAAAAUUCUGGACCGAAAGAAUGCCGAGAUCGAGGAGACUAAGAGCCUUCAUCGGGCCAAGCAGAAAGAGUCUGAGGAGAUGAUCCGUAAGCUGGAGAGGAAAGUUCAGAGUGUGACGCGGGAGUCCCAGGCGGUCUGCGAGAGCAAAGAGAAGCAGAUCGCUGAGCUGAAGAAGAUGUCGGAUCAGAGCACCGACUCCCUGAGAAACGAGUGGGAGAAGAAGCUGCACGCCGCCGUGACCGAGAUGGAGCAGGACAAGUUCAAGUUGCAAAAGAAGCACACUGAGAACAUCCAGGAGCUGCUGGAGGACACCAACCUCCGGCUGGCGCAGAUGGAGGCCGAGUAUAUCGCCCGGUCCCGGGCAGCAGAGCAGACGCAGCGGGCGCUGGAGCUGCGGGUGAAGCAGCAGUCCGCCGAGGUGGAGAAGGGCAACGCGCUGCGCCAACGGAUGACUCGGGAGAAGGCCCAGUUGGAGACUCACGUCGUAUCCAUCAGCACCGAGCUGCAGGAGGCCAACAGACGAAACACGGUGCUGCAGAAGGAGAAGGAGCAGCACGAGCAGGAGCUCCGAGUCCAACAUGAGACCCAACUGAGCCACUUGCAUCAGGAACACGAUCUGUCCGCUGCUAAGUCCUCUGAGGUGAUGGGGGACUUGGAGAAAACGAUAGCUGCACUCAAGCAGCAGCUCUUGGACGUUCAAAAUCAAAGCCACCAACAAGUCAAGGAUCAAGAGACAAGGUUUCACCAGGAAACGGACGAAGUGCGGAUCGACUGUGAGAAAAAGGUUUUGGCAAUCCAAAAUGAAGCCGAGAACGAGAGAACCGAAGCGACGAGGAAGAUAGCCAAACUAGAAGAUGCUCUCAGGGAGAUGGAGAGCCAGCUGGACCGAGCCAGAGAGAGCCAAAGGCAGCAGAUCCAGCAGGCGGACGCGGCCCUGGAGCAGUUCAGGAAGCAGGUGGAGCUCAGCGCUGAGAAGACCUACGCGGACAUGAAUCUCCAGAUGGAGAAGGUGGAGGAGGACCUGAUCCGGUCCAAGUCCCUGAGGGAGAAGCAGGCCAAGGAGUUCUCCCAGCAGCUCGAUGCACUCAGGCAGAAAUACGAGCAGCAGAUGGCUGAGCAGCGCGUGCAGCACGAGCAGGAGAGGACGCGGCUCCAGCAGCAGCACAGCGCAGAAAAGGACAUCCUGGUCCAGGAGCGCCAGUGGGAGGUGGGCAGCCUGGAGAGGCAGGCCAAGGCGGCGCUGCAGCAGCACCAACAGCACAGCCAGGAGUGGAGGAAGCGCGAUGGUCAGACGAUAGCCGAUCUGGGGGCCCAGUUGUCCGGUCUCCGCGAUGAACUCCAAGAGGCCCAGGCGCAGCACAAGCGGCAACUGGCCGAGGCGGCGCUAUUCCGCGAGGAGGAACAGCGGGCGGCGUUCCUGGACAAGGAGGCGUCCCUGGACCGGCUGCGCGCCGACAUGGAGCGCGUCCGCGCCGACCUCGAGGAAAGCCACCGGCAGGAGAGGGACGCUGCUCAGGAGAAGAGCGACAGCCGGUUGAAGCAGAUUGAGAGAGAGUACGGUCAGAAGCUCGCCAAGUCUGCACAGCUGAUUGCGCAGCUACAGACCUCCGUGUGUGACUCGAAGGACGAGGCCGUUGGGCUGCAGCAGGCCACGGAGAAGCGGCUGAAGGAGUCCAGCGUUCUAUGGGACGAGGAGAGGAGGACGAUGAUCCAGCACGCCGACCGGGCCAACAAGGUGACAGCGGUGCGUCAGGAGUGCGAGGAGAAGAUCAAAGGCCUGAUGCCGGCGGCGCUCCGACAGGAACUGGAGGACACCAUCGCCUCUCUGAAGGCUCAGGUCAACUUCCUCCAGAAGAGAGCCUCUGUGCUACAGGAAGACCUGGAUGCCUGUCGCAGCAGGAGGUGA